AUGGCCGCUGUAUUCAUCCCACCUUCUCCCCAAACUUCGCUGAAUAUGUCGACUCGCCGCCCUCUCGCCAACGUGCCGAAUGCAACCAAUUCUCCCCACCGGGCAGGGCUCCUGCCGGCCAAGCGAGCUCGGUCUGGACAGCUUGAAAUUCCCUACGGCCAGCCUCCGCCCAAGAAGCAGGUGAUGGACGCGGCGGAGCAGGAUUCUCGGUCCCCUUCACGAAACCGGUCGACGGCCUACCAGAGCACUGAGUCGAAGCUCUUCUCGAGACGGUCCAAUAAUCCCAAUCCUAGUGCGUUCGAAAAGAAGCUAGUUGCUGCUCGUGAAAAGGAUCGCACCUCGCAGCUGAAGACGGCCAGAGGCGAGAAGCCUUCCGCAGACACCAUGGACACAAUUCGACAGUGGCAACGGCACUACCGCAAGGCAUUCCCACAGUUCGUUUUCUACUUUGACAGUAUUCCGGAGGAUGUUCGUCGGAAGUUCUCUCGUCAAGUCGUUGCUCUUGGAGCUCGUGAGGAAAAGUUCUUCUCUCGUCUGGUUACUCACGUCGUUACUUCGCGUCCUAUUCCCCCGGAAGCCUCUACUAGCCCGACCGAGGAGGCGGCACCUGGAACCGAUGGAGAGGCCAAUAUGCAAACCGUGAACCCUUCCUUGCUGGAAAAGAAUGGCGACACCCACCUGCAGCCUUCACUGAAGAAUGAUCCGCGUCGGGAUCAAGGCACCAUGGAUGUCUUGCAGAGAGCUCGGCAGAUGGGUAUGAAAAUUUGGGCAUUGGAAAAGCUUCAGCGAAUGAUCACAACAAUCAACGACAAUGACAUUGGUGGUCAGAACGAUGCCUCUCGGAGCAAAGCUGCUGCUACGGCCAACGGGCGUGGCGAAAACGAUCUCUCGCGUGUUCUUCGUCAAGAGGCUUUGAAUGGACCCUCUGACCGUGAUCCGUUGUCGUCGAUGGAGCUGCUCAUGUUCAAGGGACCUUUCGUCUACAUUCACGACAUGAAUGAGAAGACCAAGCCGGUCAUGGUCCGAGAGUACUCCAAGGUUACCAGACGCCAGGAUGGAGUCUGGCCACAGUUCCGAAGUGCGCCUCUAGGCAAGUGUCCAUUCCUCGAUGAGCCUCCGAGCCGCAAGGAUUUCGACCGUCACCGCAUGCGCCAGAUCCAGAAAGAGAAGAAAUCGGCUCUUCAGAACAUGGACGAUCGCACCAAACCAUCUGCUGCUGCCGCCGAGCGGGCCAUCGACACCAAAUUGGUGACCGAGCUUCACAAGCCCAAGCGGUCCGAAGAGCAACAGCCCAACCAAUAUGAGGCCCCAGCGAAGGCUUUGACUGAUGAAUCUCACGAGCGCAAGAGCUCAGAGAGCUUCAUUCCUCCUCAUUUCCCCCGAACCGGCCCCUUCUACGCCGGUCGUGAGCCUGCCGCCUCUGGAGUACAGCCAUCCAAUGUCACAUCCGCCAUCCGGUCCCAGAUGAUCUCAUCAACCGCCGCCGCACCAGGAGCGAAGGCAGGCCUGAGUAAGGAAGUCCAUGGCUUGAAGAGGAAGGUGCUCGAGAAGGGCAGCGGCAUUGGAUCGAUGGCUGCUCCGCAACGUCCUAUCAACGGGUCCGCUGUCCCUGCUAGGGGUCAAAUCUUCCCUAAACCCACCGGUCUUGAAAAUAAUCGCCGCUCUCAGGAGGGCAGUGGAAACCAAGCAGAAGCUGCUGGCACGAAGCGUCGUCGGGACGAAGAUCAGGACAGCGAGCAGAAGAAGCCAGAGCGACGGCGAGACCCAAAACCUGGCUACUGCGAGAACUGCCGUGAUAAGUUCGAUGACUUUGAAGAGCACACCUUGACUCGAAAGCAUCGCCGCUUCGCCCAGAACACGGCUAAUUGGGCCGAACUUGAUGCCCUGCUGUUUGAGAUUCAACGGCCUUUGAAGGAAGAGUACGAAUUUAACGAGUGA